UGCUGCGCAUGCUCUCGGGAUGAAAUAACCGCUAAUCGGCGUCUAACCUUCGACGUUCUUCAACAUCUUCUAACACUUACAAUUUUUUUUACAUUUUCUUCCCCUCUCUCCUUUCUUCGACCGAUCUAACCAUGGCGACUAUGAUGCCAUUGAACCCUAAGCCUUUCCUGAACAGCUUAACAGGGAAGCCUGUGAUCAUUAAACUGAAAUGGGGGAUGGAGUACAAGGGAUACCUUGUGUCUGUGGAUGGUUAUAUGAAUUUACAGCUUGCAAACACUGAGGAGUUUAUAGAUGGCGCACUAACUGGUAACUUGGGGGAGGUUUUAAUAAGAUGUAACAAUGUGCUAUAUGUCAGAGGAAUAGAGGAAGAAGAAGAGGACGGAGAAAUGAGAGAGUAGAAGAGAGACGUCUAGUAGUGUUUGUAAUUUAGAGCUUAGAAAAAGCUUUGUGCUUCAACUUUAUUACUGUGAAAAGGCUAUUAGAUGAUGGAUUAUUUAUCUCACCUCAACUGCUCUCUCUAUGAGGGCUCUAUGAAAAAGGCCUCAAUAAUGUUAUUUGUGGCUUUUCAUACUUUCUGUUGUAUGACUGACAGCUUUUUUACUGUACAUAUUUACCAACAAAUGUAUAUGAAAAUAACAUGCAUUCAUGGUAUGUAGUAAACAGUACCAGUGUAAAAUAUACAUAACAUUAAAGGUUCUUUUGUUUAAUUUCUAAAA